AUGAUAUCACUAUACCGUUAUCGUUUCUCAAUUCACCGCUCGCUAUUUUGAUCUGUGCAGUGAAGUUAUGGAGUUUUUAAUUGGAAUCAGAGGUCCAGAUUUUGUAUUGCUUGCUGCUGAUACUUCUGCAGCAAGGAGUAUUGUGGUAUUUCAACAAGAUGAAGACAAAAUGGUCAAAUUGGGGUCGAACACAUUAAUGGCCGUUUCUGGUGAACCUGGGGACAGGGAUCAGUUCUCAGAAUAUAUUCAGAAAAAUUUAACUCUUUAUAAAUUGAGAAAUGGAUAUGAAUUGUCUACACGAGCCGCAGCUAAUUUUACACGAAGGAAUCUUGCGGAAUAUCUAAGGAGCAGGACUCCAUAUAUGGCAAACCUGUUGAUAGGUGGUGUUGAUCCAGACAUGGGACCGGCACUGUAUUUCAUGGAUUACUUGGCAUCGUCAAUGGAGGUACCCUUUGCUGCUCAUGGUUACGGUUCAUAUUUUUGUCUUUCUAUAUUGGACAGACUGUAUCGUCCAGAUUUAUCCAAACUUGAGGCAGUUGAAAUCUUGGAUAAAUGCAUGCAAGAGCUGCGUAAAAGAUUUAUCAUUCAAAUACCUGCUGUCAGAGUUCGUAUUGUUGAUAAAGAUGGCAUACAUUCUCUCUCUGAAACCCUAGCUGAAAAAGAUAGACCUUCAACAAAAGUUCCUGCUUUUGAGUUUGUAUGAUUUCAAAAAUUGCCAACGUUGAACUGUAGAAUGUUGUACACAUAAUGAAUGAGGAAAGCCAAUUACUGUUCGUUGGCUCCUUAUAUAUGUCCUGUGUCCAGUUAGAAUGAUACUCAUUCCUUAUAAUUUUGAGAAGAAUAUUCAAAAUUCCACCAGUGAGCAGAAUUUUGAUAUUCAUACUCAAAUCCUCUUUAAGCUACACAUGCUUGAAUUUUUGAUAAAAUGCUGAUUCUUGGUUUUCUAAACAAAAAUAUAAUUGAGCCAAUUUCAGUUGAGCUCUGUUCUACUGAUGUUUUGUUAGGACAUCUAAAAAAAUACAUUGAAUCGACUUCUUUG